UUUCAAUUAAAAUUUUCCGGAAUCGAAAAUAAAACAAGAUAACGCCAUUUUAUGUAAUAAAGGAAAAUGUAUUUAAGACCAUUAGAGAUAUACUUUAGCCAGGCAGAAAUCAAUAGUCGAUUCGACAAACAUAGUCGUCAUGGUGGAAAGAAUAUAGGAGAAACUUUAGACGAGUUGGUGGAAGGACGAUGUAGUGUCGACAAUAUACCUAUAAUUAGCGUCAUGUGGAGGGACGGAAAAUGGGUUACGGCUGAUAACAGACGCUUAUGGGUCUUCCGCCAUCUUGAAAAGCUUCGGAAAUGCACGACAAUUCCUGUGACAAAGACCUUUUUUAUUGACCCAAGGAAGUUAAACUCUAGAAAUGGUGGCAAGACAGUAAGAUUUUAUCAUGGACGAUCUGCAACUGGUCGAUGGCACCAUCGAGUGUCAAGCAUAGAUCCAGACGCAGCAUUAGUGACACAAUCAGAAACAAGCACCCAAAAUGUAACAAGAAAUACAUAUACAACUUCAAGAUUAAGCAUGCUUAGAUCUCUUACAAGCUACGAUCGACGAAAUCCACAAAGAGGCUGUUCCGACUUCACUGAUUUCCAUGCAGCGGUAACAAAUCUUCCAUUGUCAACAUCCAGAACCAUUGAACACCUUGAUCCAAUAAAUGUUCGAUACACCAAGGAGACAAUAACAAUUAACUCUUAUUUUGAAAAUUGGCAAUUCAGUUUAAGAUACAAUGUAAAUGCAGAGAAUGUAGAUCCCAUCACUGUGUAUAAAGUAUUCGGAAAAUAUUGGGUCACAGAUGGUAACAAGAGACUAUGGGCACAUAAAGAAGCACGGUCUCUUAAUGUGGGACUUUGUAUUCCAGUGAACGUAAAAGAAGACAAGGAGGAAUUCCUAGAACUCGUGCGAAAGGACCGUCCAUGGUUGUCCUUGAUAGAUAUUUUGCAGUCUGGUGAAAAUAUCCAAAUACUCACAUAAUAUUUGUCAAUUUGACAUCUGCGUUGAAAACUUUAUUCUUUCUUGUGUUUUAUUAUCAGAACAAAUAGUGUAUUAUAAAAAAUGAAAUGAAAUAUUAAAGUACAGAAAUGAUUUUAUUUAAAUAUCAUCUCACGAUACUAUACAACAUUACAUUAGGUGUUCAAUGUAGAUAUCAAUUGGAGAGAAAUAAACAAAACUUGUAAGAGUAUAGAACAUUAUGAUUAGGUCAUUGCAAAGAAUACUUAUAUUAAUAAACUUAUAUGUGCAUUAUUUACAGUACAAAAUAAUUAUGUCUACGUCUAUUCAAAAUAAGAUAACAGGCUUUUUA